UGGUGGCCUCCCCGCCUGCUCAUCCCCAAUGAACUCCUCCCCUGGGUCCCACUCUUCGGCGAUAACCCAUCGCCGCAAACACCGGAAUUCAACACUCUCCGCUCUCCUCCGCCGUCACUACGGCGUCCUCCGAAAUGAUCCUUCCUUGCACUGCAACCUUCACAAGAAGAAAAGCUCCCUCACCGCCGGUAUGAGUUCCCCUGUGAAUUUCCGGCAUGGAUUUCCCAAACCCCAGCUAUCAGCGAGGAAGCUCGCCGCUGGAUUGUGGCAGCUUCGAUUUAUGGAGCGUUCAGGGAAUUAUGGCGGUGAAUCUAUCGGUGAUGGGUCGGUUGGUUCGUCCAAGUCUGAGCUAGCUAAUGAGAAUUUGAGAACUGAGCCUCCCACUCAUCAUGAAACCAGAGAUGAAUUUGAGAAGACGAAAGAUCCCCCAUCGGAUACUAUCUUGCAUUCAAGAAAUGGAAUUCAACAUGAGCUUGAAUCGUGGGCUCCAUAUCUCAAGUGUUGUAAGGAAGAGGCAACAAAGUGGGAUACUGAUCUUCCUGAAGGGUCCGAUGAGUUCACUCAGAUUCAGGGUAGUAAACACAAUGAAGAGAGGAAUUUAGCAGGUGACUCAAUUGUCUCAGCUCUUCUAGCAGAACUACUUCAGGCUCAAAGGUGCAUAAAUAAGCUUAAAGCUUCAAGGAAGUCCUCUAACAAAAGGACACAAAAAUUUGUUCGGAAGUUUGAGAAAGAAAUGAUAUUUUGGAAGCAAAGAGAACUCCAAAAGUUUCAGUCAAUGUUAGAAGAGGUAAAGGAUAAACUGGAAGGGGAAAGGAGAAGUAAGGAAAGGAUGGAGCUGAUGAAUGCCAAGUUGUUGCACAAGUUGGCUGAAGCGAACCGAUAUGCUAAGCACUUCAAGAAGAAGUUUGAGGAAGAAAAAAGAGGCAGAGAGUUAAUGGAGGAAGUGUGCAAUGAAUUAGCCAAGGAAAUAGGAGAAGACAAGGGCAGGCUUGAGGAGUUGGAGAUGGAAUCCAUAAAGAUCCUCAAUGAAGUGGAAGAAGAGAGAAACAUGAUGCAAAUAGCAGAUCUUUUGCGUGAAGAACGAGUUCAAAUGAAGCUAUUCGAUGCAAAACUUGCACUUGAAGAUAAAUACAAUCAGAUGAUCCAGUUCUUUGCUUUUCUGCAGAAUUCCCUAAGAUCAGAAGCCACAGCUGAGCUAGCCAAAAACCAACACAUUGUGGAACUUUCAUAUGAUUUCUUAAAAUUUGAUGAUAUCUUUUCCAUUUAUGAAGAGCUCAAAAAUGACAAAGGUCAUGAGAAAGUGAUCAAACCAUAUGAACAUGCCCCAGACAACAGAUCACACUCAUCCUCUGACUACAACACAGGGUUAGAAGUUGUCAAAGUCAACCAAGAGGAUAAUGUGAUAAGAAGCGUAGCAGAGUAUGGUAAAAAUGCUUACUUGGAAUCUCCUGAGACAGAAGUUACUGAGAUAUUAAAGAGGAAGGCUUCUUCUAGCUCUAAGUUAAGGCCAUGCAUAACUAAUGGAACAACUAGUACCGUAAUUGCAGGGGUUUUGUCUUCAAUGGAAGGUUCAGGAUUGGAAGGUGGCUUCAAGAACUGGGAAUCAGAAGCCAUAAAUCCGCACAUAACUCGUGCUAUGAAAGGUUGCAUAGAAUGGCCAAAAGGUGUCCCAAAAAGUAACUUGAAGGCUGUGUCUUUAGACGCAAGAGUGAGAAGCCAAAGGUCACAAUUGCAACACAUCCUUAAGUCCAAGGCUUAG